AUGGCCCCAACAACUUCUCUCAAAAUCUUCUCACUAAUAAUAUUUUCAUUUGCCAUUAUAGAAAUGACAAAGGGUGGAGACCCAGAUAUACUUACAGAUUUUGUAAUACCACCAAAUUUGAGUGCAACAAACAUAACUGGCUCAUUCUUCACUUACACAGCUCUCAGAACCCUAAAAGGAACUCCAACCUUCAGUGUCACAAAAGUAAGUAUGGCUGAGUUCCCAGCUCUCAACGGCCAAAGCGUCAGUUACGCCGUGCUUCAGUACCCGGCUGGCACGGCUAACCCGCCACACGUUCACCCCCGCUCGGCCGAACUCCUUCUCCUCUUGGAUGGAACUCUAGAAGUGGGUUUUGUGGACAGUACAGCCAACAAUAAGCUCUACACACAGACACUUGAAGCUGGUGACAUUUUUGUGUUUCCAAAGGGUUUGGUGCACUUUCAAUACAACUCUGAUGCUAAGGAAACUGCUCUUGCUCUUUCGGCGUUUGGAAGCGCCAAUGCUGGGACAUCGUCACUUCCCAAGGCUUUGUUUGCUACUGAUAUUGAUGAUGAGGUUUUGGCUAUCUCUUUCAAAACUGAUGUUGCCACCAUUCAAAAGCUCAAGGCUGGUCUUGCUUAAUUAUAUUACAUCUAUAUAGAUCUGUUAAGUGUUUGGUGGUUUUUCGUUGUUGAAUAA